AAUUAGGAAUUUUAUUGACAGCAUUGUUUAUUUCCUUGAGAUUUGCUUAUAUUUGUAAAUUAAACUAUACUGCUACAAAAGUUACUACUAAUUAUAUUUAGGUAGCUACCGGUGUGUACUUCGUACAUAUUAUGAAAAUGGCUGGACUGGAGUCAAUGAUUGCUGAAGAGGUUAAGCCGGUUGAUAGAGAGAAGACGUGUCCCCUGCUUCUUCGAGUGUUUUGUUCUACUGGUCGUCACAAUUCGCCAGGUGAUUAUGCGAGGGGCAAUGUUCCUCAAAAUGAAUUACAAAUUUACACCUGGAUGGAUGCUACACUGCGCGAGCUUACAGGUCUGGUGAAGGAAGUUAAUCCCGAGACUCGACGUAAGGGAACAUAUUUCGAUUUUGCCAUUGUAUACCCAGAUAUGAGAUCACCAACAUAUAGAAUGAGAGAGAUAGGAGUGACAUGCUCCGGUCAACGUGGUGGGGAUGACAACAAAACAUUGAGUAGUGUUAAAUUCCAAAUAGGCAGCUACUUGGACAUAUCAAUAACACCACCAAAUAGAAUGCCACCUCCGAUGAGGCGGCCACAGCCAUACCUCAACAAUCGACAAUAUUAAAUACAAGUGGGUCAUAUUUUUAAUCAAUAGUUAGUGAUAAGACCUGAUGACCACUCCAUACUUCAGACAGACGGGGGCAUUUAAAAAUAGUAGCGAUUGAAAGGCACAUUUAUAUUGGCUUAAUUAUUUGAGUAUUUAUUUAAUUUGUAGCCCUAUGUGCUUCAUUUUACCUCUCAUUUGCCUUUCCAUUAUUGUCAAACUCUAAACCUGUUGGUGGUUAGGUUUAGGUUAUGAUGACCUAAAAUUAAAUAAUCAAAUCCUAAUGAAAGGAUUUUUUUUAUUUAGAAGGUUAGGUUCUGUCUGCUGUCUGCAGGCCAAAAGGUUUACUUCAUGAAAGUCACCAAGUUUUUGAGGUGAUUGUAUGUCAUAAUUUCGGAUAAUUACUGUAAUAUUUUUGCCACUCGUGAAUUAGAAUGCUAAGUUUGUGGGAUUGUAAGAUUUUACUACACUUUACCAAUAAAACAAUGAAAUUACAAAA